GGUGGAAAACGAGGAGUUUGUAUAGCCAGAAUGGAAGUUGCCAAAGUAGCCACAAAUCGUCUUCGGGGGAGCGUCGACGUCGACUCUGUUGAAAGCCCCAAAGUUUUCUUCCGCGGUAAGCUUUGACGACGGUGACGAUGGAGCUCACAUAUGGCAUGGCUACAUUUAAGUCUUUUCGGCUCGUGGAGCUGUGGAGCCAUCCGCUGUUUUAGUCGAGAUAACGUUCCCACGACGUCCGGUUGUAGUUUCGGUCAUACUUUGAUAUCGCGCUGGUUACCACCAGCACGCCAGCGACGACCAGGUGUUAGAUACUUCGAAUCUGACCUGCCAAAGUUUGAGUCGUGGCCAUAGUUCACUGUGGAACCGGAGGAUGCUUCCAACGGUAGCGACCAGUUCACCUGAGGCCAGCUAAUCUGACCCCAAACGCGAAUUCAACUGCAACAGAACGUCUCGGGACUUCGCACGACUAUGACCUCACCGGACCGGUCCGGGUUGUCCCAGUACCGGGCUUAGUCUUUUUCCGGCCACUUUACUUCUCAAAUUUAGUGAAUUCGAUAGUACUCUCGGUCGCCCAGUUGAUUCAGUGACUACGCCAUCAAGUAAAUCGCCGAUGAAUGAUAUCAUACGUUACUCGUGGCUCCUAAUUGGUGUAGACAAACUAGACAUUCGAUAGCUUCCAUCCGAAUAGAUAAAAUAAACGUAAAUAAAGUUGUUCCUUGAUAAUGUUCAAAAUUUGGACUAAAGUUAAUAACCGAAGGCGUGAACAGAGCGGAAGUGGUUUAUAGAACGGCAUAUUGGCGGUGGUAUCCUGCGAAUCCUGCUGAAAGGCCUCAUCCUUACAUUAAAACUAGAAGGAUCGAAAAAGAUACUUGUAUCUAUUUUUGAACUAAAAUUCCGGAGACAGUUCGACUUGACCAGAAACAGACUCCAAAACGGCAAAAGAACGCUGACCAGCCGCGCAAAGUGAACGGACCGGGACGACAUCAAGUGCGAUUAUGUAGGCGAAUAAAAAUAUAAAUCAUGUUUUGAGAUUCAUUUCUGCGAUACAAUUUUGCCCGCCACCAACCUGAGCCGCCCCAUAUGAAUAAUGGGACCCACACAUACGAGAGACACACAAAACAUGUCCAAGUCCAAAUCUACGAAAUUUUUUUUCUUCGUCGUCGGGUUUCGGGGGUUAUAAAAUAUACAACUGCGCACAUUUUUAAGUUGCCUCAGUUCAAGCCCAAAAAAAUGUUAAGAUUGUUUUAGUCUUUUCCGCCCCGCAUCGCGGAAAUCUUAGUUUUCCUUCUGAGUUCAUUUCUUAAGUUGUUCCAUUUGCACGAAAACGGAUGUUUAUUUACAAAAGCGUUUGUUUGUUUGAUAAUCUAAUCAUCUGUGCGACAGUGACGGUAUAAGUUUUCUGGAUUAGAUACGGAUUGAAGAUGACCCGCUGGAAGAGUGUCCUACUAGUGACCAGCAACGCGGAAGGUGCACUAAGUGAACAAUUUUCAUGCGUAAAGACUUGCCGGACUAGCGACCCUUUAAAUCUAACGCCUAACUCGAUUUUUAAUAGAAUUAAGACCCAAAAACAUAGAAAUGAUCCUAGAGACAGCCCCCAUCGCAAAAUUACCAUAAAACCCGCUCAAACGGAAAGUUCUCAAAAACUGGUGGCCAGAUUAUCUGUACAAGUGCAGAACGGAUUUCCGCCUCCUUACUUCCAGCAAAUUGAGAAAAGCUGGCGGGGGCGGGGGUUGGUGAGACCGCAGCGGUGCUUUUUCAAACCUUUUCCAUACAAGCCAGUAAUCAUUGACAACGCGCUCUAUAACUACAUCAAUGCGUAAACCGAAAAAAUGCCGCUCAGAAUUCAGGUAAG